CCUCUCUCCCCCUCAAUCAUCUCAUAGCCGUACAAUAAUAUCACUUUAUAUAUUCAGAAUACGUGUGCACUUGCAUACAACAAGUGAUUGAUUAGAGAGAGAAGAUGAGCUUGGUUUUCGCCAUUAAUGGACAAAGGUUCGAGCUUUCCCUUUCCUCCGUCGACCCUUCAACAACUUUGUUAGAGUUCCUCCGUUACCAGUCUCCUUUCAAGAGCGUUAAACUGAGUUGCGGCGAAGGAGGAUGCGGUGCUUGUGUUGUUCUUCUCUCAAGAUACGAUCCUGUUCUACAAAAUGUGGAAGAUUUCACGGUGAGCUCUUGCCUCACGCUCCUCUGCAGCAUAAACCAUUGCAGCAUCACAACAUCAGAAGGACUUGGGAACAGCAGAGACGGUUUCCACACGAUUCAGAACCGAUUCUCGGGUUUCCACGCCUCUCAGUGCGGUUUCUGCACACCAGGAAUGUCUGUUUCUCUCUUCUCUGCUCUCUUAGACUCCUCCUCCUCUGAGUUUACUGUUCUUGAAGCAGAGAAAGCCGUCUCCGGGAACUUAUGUCGCUGUACCGGAUACCGUCCCAUCGUUGAUGCUUGCAAGAGCUUUGCUGCUGAUGUCGACAUUGAGGAUCUCGGAUUCAACUCUUUCUGUAAGAAUAGUUUACCUCCGUUUGAUAGUGAGAAGCGUGUCUGUUCGUUCCCAGAGUUUCUCAAGGAUGAGAUGAAGUCUAUAGAUUCGGGAAUGCAUCCUUGGUGUAGCCCGGGGAGUGUUGAGGAGCUUCAACGAUUACUGGGAGCAUGUAAGGCUAACCGUGAUGGACUUUCUGUGAAACUGGUUGCUGGUAAUACUAGCACAGGAUACUAUAAGGAUGAAAGAGAUCGGCAUUACGAUAAAUACGUUGAUAUAACUCGGAUACCAGAGAUGAAAGAGAUAAGAGAAAACCAGAACGGGGUUGAGAUAGGAGCUGUGGUAACAAUAUCCAAAGUUAUUGCUGCUCUAAUAGAGAUUCGAGUAGAAAAGUUGUUUGGGAAACUGGCUGCUCAUAUGGAGAAGAUCGCUGCCAGGUUUAUAAGGAACUUUGGUAGCAUUGGAGGAAAUCUUGUAAUGGCUCAGAGGAAACAGUUUCCUUCUGACAUGGCUACAAUACUUCUUGCAGCUGGUGCAUCGGUUAACAUUAUGAGCUUGUCGAGAGGACUCGAGAAGGUAACACUUGAACAGUUCCUUCAGGGACCUCCUCUUGAAGACUAUGAUCUGGUUUUGACUAUCGAGAUACCGUUUUGGCAUCAUCAAUCCUAUGAGUUCCUCUUUGAAACCUACCGAGCUGCACCUCGUCCUAACGGAAGCGCUCUGGCUUACCUGAACGCUGCUUUCUUGGCCCAAGUGAAGGAUAGAAUGGUGAUUAACUGUAGAUUGGCUUUCGGUGCUUACGGGACAAAACACGCCAUUAGGUGUAAGGAAGUUGAGGAGUUCCUCUCGGGGAAACUAAUCACUGACAAUGUUCUGUCUGAAGCUAUUACCUUACUUGGCAAGUCCGUUGUGCCACAAGAGGGUACAAGCAAUCUUGCUUACAGGUCAAGCUUGGCGCCUGGCUUCCUUUUCAAGUUCUUUCACUCCUUAAUAAUAACGGAGAAACCGUCUUCAAAUGGUUACUACCACUUGGAUCAGCCUAAACCGUUGCCAAUGCUGUCAUCUUCACAACAUGUUCCUAUAAACGAUGAAUAUUUUCCGGUGGGCGAACCUGUUACGAAAUCUGGAGCUUCCCUUCAAGCUUCCGGUGAGGCUGUUUAUGUGGAUGACAUUCCAGCUCCCGCAAACUGCCUCUACGGUGCUUUCAUCUAUAGCACAAAGCCAUACGCAAAGGUAAAAGGUAUCAGUUUCAAGGAAAACUCAGUACCUGAUGGAGUUCUUGCAGUCAUUUCUUACAAGGAUGUUCCUAAAGCUGGACAAAAUAUUGGUCUGAAGUUUUCAUUUGGCACUGAGCCCUUAUUUGCAGAGGAUAUCACCCUUCAUGUAGGCCAGUGCAUCGCACUCGUGGUUGCAGAUACACAGAGACAUGCGGAUACCGCAGCUAAUCUUGCAGUAGUUGAAUACGAAACAGAAGAUUUGGAACCACCAAUCUUAUCAGUGGAAGAUGCUGUCAAGAAAUCGAGCCUGUUCGAGAUUUAUCCUUUCUUAUACCCACAACAAGUUGGAGACACAUCAAAAGGAAUGUCUGAAGCUGAUCAUCGAAUUCUCAGCUCGGAAAUAAGACUUGGAUCGCAAUACUUCUUCUACAUGGAGACACAAACAGCUCUUGCAGUGCCAGACGAAGACAACUCCAUUGUAGUUUAUAGUUCAUGUCAGACCCCUCAGUACGUACAUUCCUCGGUCGCUGCUUGCCUAGGCAUCCCUGAAAACAAGGUCCGCAUCAUAACCAGACGUGUUGGUGGAGGCUUUGGAGGAAAAGCUGUCAAAGCAAUGCCGGUUGCAACAGCGUGCGCAGUUGCUGCUAAUAAACUGCAGCGUCCUGUGAGAACCUAUGUAAACCGUAAGACCGAUAUGAUCAUGACUGGUGGGAGGCAUCCCAUGAAAAUAACCUACAGUGUUGGAUUCAAAUCCACAGGGAAGAUCACUGCUUUGGAGCUAGAGAUACUAAUCGAUGCAGGAGCCACUCUAGGCUUAAGUAUGCUGAUUCCAUCAAAUAUCAUAGGGGCGCUAAAGAAGUACAAUUGGGGAGCCUUAUCUUUUGAUUUCAAACUUUGCAAAACGAAUCUUCUAAGCAAAGCAAUCAUGAGAGCACCAGGGGAUGUGCAGGGUACGUAUAUCGCUGAGGCCAUUAUCGAAAAUGUAGCAUCUAGCCUCUCUUUGGAGGCUGAUACCAUAAGAAAGAUCAAUCUCCAUACAUAUGAGAGCUUAGCUCUGUUCUACAAGGACGGUGCUGGUGAACCACAUGAGUAUACUUUGUCUUCCAUGUGGGAUAAACUGGGUGUAUCUUCCAACUUUGAAGAGCGGGUUUCGAUUGUCCGAGAGUUCAACGAGUCUAACAUAUGGAGAAAACGAGGGAUAUCUCGAGUACCCAUCAUUUAUCCGGUAUCCAUGUUUGCAACUCCAGGGAGAGUAAGUGUUCUGAGCGACGGCACGGUCGUUGUUGAGGUUGGUGGGAUCGAGCUAGGACAAGGGCUAUGGACGAAGGUGAAGCAAAUGGCUGGUUAUGCUCUUGGUUUGCUCCAAUGCGAUGGAACUGAAGAGCUUGUGGACAAGAUACGAGUUGUACAAUCAGAUACGUUGAGCAUGGUCCAAGGAAACUUUACGGGAGGUAGCACAACAUCCGAGGGAAGUUGCGCAGCUGUUCGUCUCUGCUGUGAAACCUUAGUCAAAAGAUUGAAACCUUUAAUCGAGAAAUCGGGUGGUCCCAUCAGUUGGAAUAAUUUGAUUUCUCAGGCCUAUGCUCAGUCUGUAAACUUAUCAGCAAGUGACUUGUAUACUCCAGAAGAAACUCCCACACAGUACCUGAACUAUGGUGUUGCAGUUAGCGAGGUUGACGUAGACCUUGUGACCGGACAUACCACGGUUCUACAGACAGAUAUCUUAUAUGACUCUGGAAAAAGCCUCAAUCCGGCUGUGGAUUUAGGACAGAUUGAAGGAGCUUUUGUGCAAGGACUUGGUUUUUUCAUGCUUGAAGAGUACAUAACAGAUUCAGAAGGACUUGUUCUGACAGACAGCACAUGGACAUACAAGAUCCCCACUGUUGACACCAUCCCAAGGCAGUUCAACGUUGAGAUACUAAACAGUGGACGCCACGAAAAGCGCGUCCUCUCUUCUAAAGCUUCAGGAGAGCCUCCGUUACUACUAGCAGCUUCUGUGCACUGCGCUACAAGAGAGGCGGUUAAAGAAGCGCGGAAACAGCUAAGGAUGUGGAAAGGUGUGAAUGACUCGGAGUUAAUGUUUCAGUUGCCGGUUCCAGCUACAAUGCCCGUUGUGAAGGAGCUUUGUGGUCUAGAUAUCGUUGAGAGCUAUUUGGAAUGGAAAUCCUCAGUUAACUAAAGAUUAUAUGAGUUAACAAAAAAUUAUCAGUUUUUAUAUUUAAUAUAUAUUCUUGUCUUAAA